GGCUCUUUUCCACAACUUGUUCCACUUUCAAGUUGCACCUCACCGUCACGCCGACGGGUCUUUUUCGACGAACAUUUCGGCCUGGAUAGGCCCAUGUAGAUAUUUCGAUUUUGCAAUUAUAUCCUUUCGACAAUGUGUUCUAUCAGCCUACUUUUGUUUGCUCUUGCCUUUACAUGGACCCUCGUCUCUGCCGCUCCUUAUCCCAUCCUACCCUCGCUCACUUCCUUUUCAAAAGUCGCAAAGCAGAGCAUAUCUGACAGAAUCGAAACAAUAAACUUUAGAGUCCCGUGUACUCGCUGCCCUUCGCUAUUCCAAGAUGACGUGGCCCUGGACUUUGAGCUUCAAUACCCUCGUCUAUCCUCUUCGACAAACCUUUGUGAUGUUCCAUUCGCGCUGAACGGACAGCCUGUCACUGUCGACCAGAGGAACUUGGGUCAGGUAUCAACUUUCCACCUACCUGCUGGCAACGCACACGACAAGUGGGAGGUAGAUAUCGUCGUCCAAGGUCUUUGUGAUUCAACCAAGGGGGAUUCCUUCACUGCCCAACGCGCCUUCUUCUUCAACGUCACUAGUGUCGCUCAACAACCUCUCGACACUCCCGACUCCGUCACACUCGUUGUUGGCAAAUCUGAGGCAGCUCAACUACUUAUCGACUCCGAGAUCACCGAACAAGCCGACUGUGCUGCUGAUCUCAAGAGUGUCAUCAACGAGACAUCUUCAAUUUUCACCGAACUCGAGGCUAUCCCCACCGACAAUGAUAUCAAGUCGAAAUCGGAUAUUGAUCUUGUGGAACAUAUCCUUCGCCGACGUCUCUACGAUCAGGCGACAAGGCUUCAAAAGCUGAACCAGGACUGCCGCAAGAACACCGUUGAGAAUCUUGCUGACUGCCACCACGACCUUUCUUGCAUGGCUAGAGUGAUGUGUCAACGCAUCCACGACACUACUUUGACAAAGAUCAAGGAGAUCCAAGCAUCACUAGAAGGCUCUGUCAUGAUUAGCAAUGGCCGAAACAUGGUUCAACAGGCAAUGCCAAUUGUCGAUGAUGGCAGUGACUCGGACUGGGAUGCGACCUCUGUGGAUGGUCUUCUCGCUGGAAUUAACCAGGCAAAGGAUCAGAAGAACGACAAGAACGAUCACGACUCGCAACAUCCAGUAGUACUGGCUCUGGAGAUCCUCGCAGCAGCAUUAGGUCUCACUGCUCUAUGCGCGUUCCUUCGCCGCCGUUUCUGCUCCCUCCGCUGUCGCGUUGAACGCCUGGCUGACAAGGAAGAGCGCCGACGUGCUCGCCAUUUCCGUCGUCUCGCCAGAAAGGAGGCUCUCCGCAAGAAGUGGGUUUCCUUCAAACAAGUCUUCAAGCGCUCGCCUCGAAACGGCGAUUACGAAGAGAAGCGCGCCCUCGUCAUUGAAGCCGCCGGAGGUGUAAUCGAUGACUACGCCGAAGAAGCAUAUAACAACAGCAACGACCCGGAAAUGGGUAAUGCCCUAGGUGGUCUUCGCAGCGCUCAUGACUUCGUGGCUGGUCUCGUCAGAGUACGAAAGAACUCCAACGCUGGUUCAGGAACCACAACUCUACCCGAAUAUUCAUCAGAGAAAUUACCCGACUACACAUCCACACCUGAAGACUGCAGUUACGCGCCUUCAGUCGCUAGCAGAGAGUCGAUGAAUACUCGUAUGACACCUGACAGCAGUAUUAUCGUGACACCCAGAUGCAGUCGCGAGACCCUCCGCACUGGAACCGAUUUCAGCAAUGAAUAAGCCUCUUGCACUGAACUACUUUCUUCUUCUUUUCUUUGUAAUUUUAUGGGUGGGGAUCACACACCGACAGACACGGGUUUUCCGGGAGGUGGGAGGAGGGAGGAGUUUUGUUUCUUGCUGGACAAGGAGUUCGACUCAUUCGGUGGGAUGGAUUUUGGGAAGGGAGGAUGUGAUGGUACAUAUAAUGGUUUGGGAGGAAGGAGAGCCGCUAGAUUUGCAGGCUAGGAAGGAUAUACAGAUGAAGACAUCUGAACAAUGACAACUUGAAUCAUCAUAUUUUUUAC